GUCGGUUACACUGCGCUCGUGCGAGGCAGUGAAGACGGUAGAGAAUGCAAAGAAAAUAUGAGAACUCGCCAGACUGAAAAUGCCGCCAUUUGUUACAGCUUACGGUUCCCGCCGCUAUCUCGCGCCUUUGGAGCACCGCUUGUUGAGCUUCACCGCCCGUCGCCGCCGCUGCCUCCACCACCACCACCACCUUCCUCGUCUACCUCCGCCGCCUCUCGCCCCCUUAUCUUCUUGUAAUCUUCCUAGUCCUUCGGGAAACUCUCUGUUCCGCGGCAUGGAGCAAUAUUUGACUGGAAGAGGCAUCAAUAAGAACAAGGCAAUGGUUGAGCAUCUGCAGCAUUAUGGGGUGCUUAGAUCCAAGAAGUUAGCAGAAGUUAUGGAGACAAUCGACAGGGCUCUGUUUGUGCCCGAAGGCAACCCACCCUAUGUUGACAGCCCCAUGCCAAUAGGCUACAAUGCCACUAUUUCUGCACCUCAUAUGCACGCAACAUGUCUUCAGUUGUUGGAGGGCAAGUUGAAGCCCGGCAUGCGCGCUUUGGACGUUGGUUCAGGAACGGGUUAUUUGACUGCAUGUUUUGCGCUGAUGGUUGGGCCGGAGGGCCGGGCAGUAGGCAUAGAACAUAUUCCUGAGCUGGUGACUUCUUCGAUCCAGAAUAUCAAGAAAAGUGCGGCUGCUCCGUUGCUCAAGAAAGGCUCCCUCUCUGUGCAUGUUGGAGAUGGAAGGUUGGGGCGGCCAGCAUCUGCGCCUUAUGAUGCCAUUCAUGUUGGAGCGGCAUCUCCAGAAAUCCCACCAGCUCUGCUUGAACAGUUAAAUCCUGGGGGCAGGAUGGUGAUCCCAGUUGGGGAAAUGUUCCAGAACUUGAAGGUUAUCGACAAGAAUGCAGAUGGUUCGAUCAGUGCAUGGACCGAAACUUCUGUUAGUUAUGUUCCAUUGACAAGUCGCGAAUCUCAGUUACAGGGCUACUAAUCCCAGGAUGCAUCUUUGCUAUGUUGAUAAGUACUCUGCCUGCUCGAUGAAGUCCUCUUCUCUCUGCUAGACUAGGGUUGUAUUAUACUGUAAACUAGACUAGGGUUUUAUUAUACUGUAAAUGUUGCAAGUCCUGCCUGCUCCAUGAAAUUCUCUUCUCUCUUCUGCUAGGCAAGGGUUGUACUGUACUCAUAAAGAUGCUAAGGUGGUUGGGAUACUUUUUCCUCUUUGGUUGGAAUCUAAAUGUUUUGGCUGUUAAAUAAAUCAUCGUAUUCCUGUUUC